AUCGCUGUAUUUUCCUCCACUUUUGGUUGUCAAGAAGAUGGCAGCUUCCAGGCAGGCAUGAGAGGGAAUACUUAAUCACAAAUCGAAUGAACUUGGACUAGUGAUUCAAGAAUAGACCCCGAAAUCAUCUCAUUGGAAAUAGUGCGUCGAACGAAAGGACAUGACAUUUCCUGGUUCAAUGGUGUCUGGGACCACAGGCUCAACUCUGCAGCCACGAUGGAAGCGGGUUCUAGGAUGGUCUGGGCCUGUGCCUCGGCCAAGACAUGGUCACAGAGCCGUUGCUAUAAAGGAAUUGAUGGUGGUUUUUGGAGGAGGAAAUGAAGGAAUUGUGGAUGAAUUGCAUGUCUACAACACAGCAACAAACCAAUGGUUUAUCCCUGCGGUUCGUGGUGAUAUUCCCCCUGGAUGUGCUGCAUACGGUUUUGUUUGUGAUGGCACCCGGCUUCUGGUUUUUGGUGGAAUGGUGGAAUAUGGAAAAUACAGCAACGAUCUCUAUGAGCUACAGGCCAGCAGAUGGGAAUGGAAAAAGUUGAAAGCUAAGUCUCCCAAAAAUGGCCCACCUCCCUGUGCUCGACUUGGUCACAGUUUCUCUCUGGUGGGCAACAAGUGCUUCCUGUUUGGAGGGCUGGCUAAUGACAGCGAGGACCCCAAAAACAACAUCCCUAGAUACCUGAAUGAUCUGUACACCCUGGAGCUUCGUGCUGGCUCCAGUGUUGUAGGCUGGGAUAUACCAAUUACUUAUGGCGUUUUGCCGCCACCUCGCGAGAGCCACACUGCUGUAGUGUACACAGAAAAGGAGAGCAAGAAAUCUCACCUUAUCAUCUAUGGAGGGAUGAGUGGCUGUCGUCUGGGAGAUCUAUGGACUCUUGACAUUGACACCCUGACCUGGACCAAGCCAUCGGUGAAUGGCACAUCGCCUCUGCCCAGGAGUCUCCACUCUGCCAUCACCAUCACAAACAAGAUGUUUGUUUUUGGGGGAUGGGUCCCCCUGGUUAUGGAUGACGUGAAGGUGGCAACACAUGAGAAAGAAUGGAAGUGCACAAACACUCUGGCCUGCCUAAAUCUUGACUCCAUGGCCUGGGAAUCAGUGUUGAUGGAUACCUUGGAGGACAAUAUCCCCAGGGCCCGGGCAGGACAUUGUUCUGUGUCCAUCAACUCUAGGUUGUAUGUCUGGAGUGGCCGUGACGGUUACCGUAAAGCAUGGAACAACCAAGUCUGCUGUAAAGAUCUCUGGUACCUUGAGACAGAGAGGCCACACGCUCCCUCGAGAGUGCAGCUUGUCCGUGCCAACACCAACUCCCUGGAGGUGAGCUGGGGCGCUGUGUCCACUGCAGACACCUACCUGCUGCAGCUGCAGAAGUACGACAUCCCAGCUGCCGCUGCUACCACCUCCCCAGCCCUCACCGCCACCUCUUCUCUACCAGGGAACUUGCCCAAAAGCCCAGCAGCUCCCUCUGCUCAGAACCUACCACACACAGCCAUCUUGAAGGUUGCAGCCCCUCAGUCUGGCACAGGUACCUCCCUUGUCACUGUGCGAGCCAACCAGGCUGUGAAAUCCCCUGUCACUGUGACAUCACUUCCUCCAGGGGUUCGGAUGAUGGUUCCUGCCCAGACUGCCCAAGGAACGCCAAUCGGCAAUAGCCCUCAGAUGAGUGGCAUGGCAGCUUUGGCUGCAGCUGCAGCAGCAACACAAAAGAUCCCGCCCUCUUCAGGCACUGGGCUCAACCUUCCAGCAGGUGCCACCCUUGUCAAAACGAUGGCUGUCUCCCAUGGCUCCACCACAGUCAAAAUGUCAUCUCCUCUCAUGGUCAGUAACCCAGCCACUCGCAUGCUGAAGACCGCUGCAGCUCAGGUGGGCACAGCAACUGUAUCAUCACCCAACUCGCCCAAUCGACCCAUCAUCACUGUGCACAAGUCAGGCACGGUCACCGUAGCCCAGCAACACCAGGUGGUUACCACCAUGGUGGGAGGAGUCACCAAGACAAUCACCCUGGUCAAGAGCCCCCUUACUAUGGGAGGCAGCGGCACUCUGAUCUCCAGCCUUGGCAAGAUGAUAUCUGUGGUACAAACCAAGCCAGUGCAGACAUCAGCUGUUACAGGCCAGGCUUCCACUAACCCUCUAUCACAGCUCAUACAGACUAAGGGUUCUCUCCCUGCUGGCACCAUACUGAAGCUGGUGACUUCAGCAGAUGGCAAGCCCACCACCAUCAUCACCACGUCCCAGGCAGGGGGCACAGGGAACAAACCCACCAUCCUGAACAUCAGCGGCAUGUCGCCCACCACAACCAAACAGGGCACCACCAUCAUCAAGACCAUCCCUAUGUCUGCUAUUAUGAACCAACCUGGAGCCACAGUGACCAGCAACACAGGGAAGAUGCCCUAUACCAUUCUCACCACCAAGAUGAUGACCACUGGCACUCCAGGCAAAAUCAUCACUACCAUGCCUAAGCUUGGCACUGUAACUGGCCAACAGGGGCUGACACAGGUGGUUUUGAAGGGUGCUCCGGGCCAACCUGGCACCAUUCUGCGCACUGUACCCAUGGGUGGAGUCCGACUCGUCACCCCGGUUACGAUGACUUCUGUCAAGCCCAAUGUAACUACACUGGUCGUCAAGGGAACAACUGGUGUCACCACCCUGGGGACAGUCACAGGCACAGUCUCCUCCAGCCUGGCAGGGGGCAGUUUAGCCAGUGCCAAUGCCUCUCUGGCAACUCCCAUCACCACCCUGGGCACCAUUGCCACCCUGCCCAGCCAGGUCAUCAACCCUACGGCCAUCACUGUGUCAGUGGCCCAGGCCUGUCUGACCACAGUCACUACCCUGUCCACCUCCACCAUGUCGGUGAACCAGCCAACCCAGGUGACUCUCAUCACCACCCCCAGCGGGGUUGAGGCCCAGCCAGUGCAGGACCUGCCCGUGUCCUUCCUGGCCUCCCCCACCUCUGAGCAUCCCUCCACUGAGGCCGGGGAUGCCCCUGGUACUGUCACUAUGGUCUGCUCCAACCCACCCUGUGAGACCCACGAGACAGGAACCACCAACACAGCCACCACUGCGUCUGCUAACAUGUCAGUGUGCUCCAACCCUCCCUGUGAGACCCACGAGACUGGAACCACCAACACCGCAACAACCUCUUCCACCAACAUGGGAGGGGCCAUGAGGGCAACCACCUCUGCUUACCCCGGAACCGCCACAGGCAACCAGGGACCAGAGAACAUGUGCACCGGAACCACCGUCACCCCCGCCACAGCACGCUCUAACAUGGGCUCAGCCCAGACCGGCACUGUGCAGAGUCCCAAGCAGCCAGCCGUGGGCCUUACAGUUUGCUCUAACCCACCCUGCGAGACACAUGAAACAGGCACAACCAACACUGCCACUCAGUCCUCGUCCGGCACGGGUAACGGGAAGACUAACACUGUGCAGAAAGUGUGCUCAAACCCACCCUGCGAGACCCAUGAAACGGGGACCACCAACACCCCAUCCCAGGCCAGUUCCAACAUGGCUGGGAACCAGACAGGAACAGUGACGGUGCAGGGGGUGUGUUCAGACCCCCCCUGUGAAACCCACGAGACUGGCACCACCAACACGGCAACUACUGCCACAGCAGAUGGAGCAGACGGUGGCACCAGCAGUACAGAGACUCCCUCCACUACAGCAUCAGGAACAACCCCAGCCACCAUCCAGAGCAGAGCGAUCACUACUGUGACCCAGUCCACACCAGCCCCAGGGCCCUCAGUACCUUCCAUUUCUUCGAUCACUGAGGGUGCAGCAGUUUCCACAGAAGAGCCCAUGCAGACUGAUGCGGCCACAGAGGGGGGAGACACCGCUAUGGAGACUGGGCUGCCCCCAGAGCUGAUGUCAGAGGGACAGAUAGGAAUAGGUCUGUCUGCAGAGGAGCUGGCUGUGACUGCAGCAGCACAGGCAGCAGCACAGGCUGCAGCCACUGAGGAGGCCCAGGCCCGGGCCAUCCAGGCAGUUCUCCAGGCAGCACAGCAGGCCACCAUGAACGAGGGUGAUUCUGGCUCGGACAGACAGCAGACCACUACAAUCCCCAUCGUUCUGACCCAGCAAGAGCUGGCAGCCCUGGUCCAGCAGCAGCAGCAGCUCCAGGAAGCUCAGGCCCAGGCUCAGGCCCAGCAGCAAGGAAACGCCCAAGCCCUGCCCACUGAGGGCCUGGCCCCCGCAGACAGCCUGAAUGACCCCACGUCUGAGAGCAAUGGACACAAUGAGAUGGCUGCAGCCGCUUCCAGCGAUGUGGCAUCACUGCUGCCGCGCACCUCCACGGAGACCCUGGCCCCCUCAAGCACAUUUGCUGUUUCCAGUCCAGCCAACCUGCAACCUGCAGCUUCUCUAGCAGAGGUGGCCAAUGGCAUCGAGGGCAGGAAGCUAUACCCUCAACCAGCCCCUAUCAAGACACUUGUAAAAAAAGAGAACCAGUGGUUCGAUGUUGGAAUCGUUAAGGUGACAAACAUGGUGGUCACACACUUCUUCAUCCCAGGGGAUGAUUCUCAAGUAGAGGAUGACUCGGGCGCCAUUCCAGACUAUAACCAGAUGAAGAAAAUGGAGCUGCAGCCUGGCACAGCUUACAAGUUCCGUGUUGCUGGCAUCAAUGCUUGUGGUCGUGGUUCCUUCUCAGAGAUCUCUGCUUUCAAGACCUGUCUACCAGGCUUCCCCGGAGCACCUUGUGCCAUCAAAAUCAGCAAGAGCCCGGAUGGUGCCCACCUCACCUGGGAGCCUCCUUCGGUGACAUCAGGGAAGAUCAUUGAGUAUUCUGUGUACCUGGCCAUCCAAAGCACCCAGACAGCUGAGCCCAAGACCUCCACCCCAGGCCAGCUGGCCUUCAUGCGGGUGUACUGUGGGCCCAACCCUUCCUGCCUGGUGCAGUCCACCAGCCUUUCGAAUGCCCACAUAGACUACACCACCAAGCCCGCCAUCAUCUUUCGUAUUGCCGCGCGCAACGAGAAGGGCUAUGGCCCUGCCACACAAGUCCGAUGGCUGCAAGAGUCCAGCAAAGAUGGUGCCUCGGCAAAACCUGCCCCAAAAAGACCAGCAGUGUCCUCACCUGAUGUUAAGGCUGCUGGUCAAAAGAAAGCAAGAACGGACCAGUGAGAUGGACCCCCCCCUACUCGCUGUCCUUUUUGACCAGGAAGACUUCAUCCUCAUCCUGGCUUCACCCCAUCUGCGAGUUGACCCACAACCAGCCAGCAUCAUAAGCAAAAUGGCAGCAGAAACCAUAGAUGAAAAUCAACAAGAGAGAGAGUUCUGUAGGCAAGACUGUUUUUUCUUCUUCUAGAGCAACACAAAUUUAAAAAGCACAUUGUAGCUUUUACUUCAUUAGUCUUUUUUGUUUAUUUUCUUUGCUUUCCCCCUAGCUACUUUUAUUAUACAUAUUUUUGGCUAGUUUCCGUAGUUGUAGAGAAACAUUUACAGCAUCACAAGCUGUGAGCCGGCCUGAGCUUAAUGUUACUUUUGUUUUUGAAUAUUUGGGGGUAGUAGAGAGAGAGACUACAUGAGAUGAUGUACAGUUUGAGCAUGUGCUGAACAGGAGGCAGUGUUGGUUUAGAUGGGAGGAAUAAUCAAAACGGAAAAACAAAGCACUUUUCCUCAAAAGGGACAUUUUUUUUCCCCUCUCAAGCAGAAAUGUUCUUCAAUUAAGAAACCAAUAUAUACAAACAUCAUACUGGACUCGUCUCCUGGUAAUCUCAUCACUGUGCUUUUGCCCCGAGAUAAGGACUGAUGGCUCUGAAGUGGAGAAAGGAUUUAAUGACAAAGGAAGACAUUUGUAGAGGAACAGAGACUUUACUACGACUGAGACUUGCAGCAUACACACAACCAAUAUUGCAAAAUCUUCCCCAAAAAUUUCCAUAAAUGAUGCAGAUCUUUGCGUAGUUUAUUUUUCUAUUUUUUUAAAGCUUUUCCCUGUGUCUAUCACCAUGCAUUUUAAAACGUCAACUACUUUUAUUUUUUUAGUUUAUUAUUGUUCAUCCCCAUAGUUUAAGUGUUUGUGGGAAAGGGGUGGCAGUGCUGAGGUAGACACUAUAUUUUAAAAUAUUGGUUUUGAUCAGUUGUAUGUUCUUGUUGUGUUGGAGUGUAUGGAAAAAUAAAGGCUUUUGUAUUUGUGCUGACUAGGACCGCAAAUGUAAUAGGACUGAAGGGAAUUUGAAACAGACCUGCGGAGAGGAGUACGUUUAGUUUACUACAUCUUCCAAUGCUUGUGUUGCUGUGUGUAUGCCAAACAUGGACAAUUUAAUGAAGAAAAAUCUUUUCAGUCCCACAUUCCUUCCUUCCCACCCCAAUACACCACCUUUCCAAUCAGUAAUCUGUAUACGCUCUGCUUUUGGGGUCAUUAAUUUGAGUACCCUACAUUUAUUUUAGACCAAGAAAGAAUAUAUUUGGAGACUUUUGUUCCUUAUACUGUUGAGGAAGAUGUAUGUGAAACCAACAAAUAAAACAUGUAUUACAUUUUUUUUAGGCUCUGUAUUUUACCAAUUACAGAAGGGAGAUAUACAGGUAAACUGCACAUCUUUCAAUUGAGAUGUCUUGGUGGGAAGGAAGAUGAAUAGCCAGAGUUUAAACUCACUUGUAAAUGAGUUCUUCCAUAGCAAGAAUAAAAUAUAUUGGCCUUUUAUACAAUUACCUGUACCAAAAAGUUUUUACAUGUUGGUCAUCUCUCGAUUGCCUUUUGUGUCAUGACUUAUAUAUAUUUAAAAAACAUGGUGUGUGUGUGUAUAUAUAUGUCUCCCUGAUCAAUUGCUAUGACUUGCUUUGUUAAACCGAUUUGCUCAAAAUCACAUCAAGGUGCAUUACCAGUACCAAAAUAUUUCUAUUCAGGAUCAAUCAACCCAUGGAGUUUUAUAGAGGGAAGUCUUGGAGUGGUAAUGAUAGUUUUCAGAAUGGAAAUAGCCAGAUUGGGUAAUGAAGCCAAGGGUGAACUUGCUACCUCAUAGGAUUGUAGUACUUGCACCUUGAUUUCAAGUCUCCAGAUUUACUUCUAUAAUGAAAACCCUAUUUCAUAUACAUCCAUGAUUUUGAGCAAAACUAGACAUGCAUGCAACCAAAGAUAAAAAACCUGUUUGUUCCUUUCCAUGUGGUAUACAAAUGUUUUCUUCCACAGUACAUUUACAGAGUCACUAAUUUUGCACCCUUGUUAGGUCGGUCAUCAACAGUGCUGAGUUCUUUGGACUUUUCCUCCCACACUGGGGCAGGUGCUGGUCUUAGCACUGAGGCUUGACGUUGAGAGUUUCUUCCGGCUGUUUGCAAGUUAUCUGGAAUUGUCCUGUAUUUUCCAAUGUGUGUUUUUUGUACUGUAGGGAGUAAUGUAUCGUUUAUCAAAUAAACUUGUUAAACAUUCCA